AUGACCCCAGUUACUUUUGAAUGUAUAUCUGUGGCACUCGUUUCAUUAUUUUUCAUAAAAAUAUUGGCAUAUAUUUACAAACAAAAGUGUGAAAAAGAUAAUUCAAAAGUAAAGAAAGGGAAAGAAAAUAAUAAUAAUUCUACAAUGAAUGUUAAACUUGAUAUCGUUUGUGAUAUAACAAAUAGUUUUGGAAAAUAUUAUACCAAAGAAGUAUUAAAAAAGAAAAAUAUAUUAGGUAUUAUACCAGUAUAUAAAAGUUAUAAUAAGGAAUAUGAAAACGUGGAUAAAUUCAAUGGAUUUAUGGCCGAAUUUUUCAAAUUUUUAGAUUUAAGAAAUGGGAAAGUAAUAUUAGCUAGUGAUAAUAAUUCUAUAAAUAAUUAUAUAAAUCCAUUAUCUAAAAUAGAAGAUACAGAAAAUGAAAAUGAUGAAGAAGAUAUAUUACUAGCUUCAUGUAUUAUUUAUGAAAAGAUAUUAAUAAUCGUUUGUGUAAUUAAUUAUGAUAUGGAUAUUGAAAAACAAUUGGAUUAUUUUUUGAAGAAUCAAAAAAACGAUUUACUUAUUGUUAUAAAUAAUUUAUUUUUAAAUAGCAAUUUGAAAGAUGAAAAGAAUUAUAAAAAUAUGGAAUUAUUAGAAAAAAAAUGUUCCUUAGUACCAAAAGGAGAUGUCAAUAAUUUAUUAUCCUUUUUUGAUUUUAUGAAUAUUAAAAAAGGAUGUAUAAGUGAUUUAUAUUCAAUCAUACAAAUAAAUAUGAAAAACUUUCGUUAUUUUUAUAAACUUUUAGGAAAUACCACGUCUGGUACAUUUUUCAAUGGACAUGUCUAUGAUAAUUUUAUGUCUACGAAUAUAUAUAAUUCACUUAUGGAUAUAUAUGACGAUUUGAUUUCAGAAACAAUAAAAAAAGACAAAAAAAAAAUUAACAUUAAAAAGUUUUAUACCUUUUAUUGUGUAAAGUGUGAUUAUAAAAAAAUUGUGAAAUUAAGUCUUAUGAAAUUAGAAAAUAAUUUCUUCUUAUUUUAUAUAUAUAAUAUCUAUUCGUAUAUUUAUUAUCAGUUAAUAUUAUAUGUAUCUCAGAAAAAUUCUGUAUAA